UGUGCUCAAUUUCUCAGAAAUAUGUACAUUUCUAUUUUCAUAUCAGUCGGAAAUCUGUUAUAUAUGAAACGAUGCUGACCUGCAGAUGCUUCCGACCAGCGACACAACGCCCCAAUGUUUCCCCACUAAUUUUUGGGAUCAAUAACUUGCAAACCGAAAAAAACAAGCAAGGACCUUCCUCUCGAAGAUGCUAUACAAUGUCAAGGGAAGGCUGCAAUAAUCAAUGCACAGGCAUUAAUAAUGGCUAUGUGAUCCAACUUAGAUCUUAGUGUUGGCUGUUACAUUGGUUAUCAAAGAAGACAUCCGUGAUCUUCUAUUUUAGUGUUUUUUAUAGGCAGUCUGUCCUGUCUGUUUUCUUGUAUGCAUAUAUACGCUUAUAUUGCUGGGACCAACAGUAUUUCUCUAAUUUUUAAUGUGGUUUGGAGAACCUCAGAAGUCGGAGGCAUCCAAACAAAUCCAAAUCAAGAUUCUUGCAUUAAAUAAUAAACGCAAAAGAAAACGAAACUUGAUCGACUUUACCUACCCAGGAGGGUGAUUCAAUAAUUGUUUCAUGAAAUAAUAGCAAUACAGGGCAUGGCUUAUGGGUAGUGCCCUAGUGCCCACAGUUCAUGGUCGAGUUGGCGACACAAGGGACAUGUCCUAUCGUUGCUUUCGGGUUCUAUUUCCUGGUUCCGAGACAAGUACGUAGAUUCAACACCUGCCUCCCAAUCUAUUCAUCAGACAACCGCGUUCAAGUUGCAGUAUCAAAUAGGCUAAAUCUAAAAUUAUUCAUCAACUAUAGCUCAAGCCUCAAGAUCCAGUGGAUUUCGAUGGACGAUAAAAUAUUUUACUUAUUUUGUCUGUCAUUGACUCCCUUUUCGGGUUUUGUAUAUAUUUUGCUUGCAUUUAAUCCCUAAGAGUUUCGCUCAUCUUUAAAAUUUCGAAGUACCAAAGAUAUAAUUCUUCCCCCGCUAGCACAAGCUUCAACGAACAUCAACUUGAAAACCAAAAUGGAAAAAUUAUGGAGACCAAAACAAGAAGUUAAUUGAUCUCUAUCAUUUCUGCCUUGUCUUCUCUCUUGGAACCCUAAAAGGAAUAAGUGGUUUGGUCGAAACCACUAAUGUCCUUACUCAAAUAGAUAUUGAACAAGUAAGCCCACCUGUCCUUAUCCGGCUAAACUUCCGCUGAGAGAAAUUUUAUAGUAUAGGAUUAAAAGUUAGACUGUUUUUGUCGAUGGGUUUUCAAUUCAAAGUUCAAUGAUGCCAGUUGGCGUAGAAGAACUUUUUUCAAUAAAGACCUCCCUUAGUUGCUUUCAUAUUUUUGUACACGUAGUUUAAUGCCAUAAGAGAUGUUAACUCUCCUGCUCUCACAUAUAAAAGGCGUUGCCUCUCAUGCUGAAGCAUAUAGUUUGCUGCCAAAUAUUCUAUAGCGUGUGUCUAAUACAUUUUCAUACUAAAAGAUAAUGGCUUCUUGGUCACCUGAGAAUGCGACUAAAGCUUAUCUCAGAGCCCUUAAGAUGGGCAAAAGAAGUAAGCAGCCUGAUAUAGCUGAGUUCAUAUCUGCCCUGGCAGCAGGAAACAAUGCACGACUAAUGGUGAUGGCAUCUGCUGGAGUAGCAGGAUCCACCGGACUAUCAUUAGUGGCAGCUGCACAUCAAACAGGUGGACAAGCAGUGUGUAUUCUGUCCGCAGAAUCAGAUCUUUAUGAAUCAAGAAACGCUCUAGGAACUUAUGCAGAUUGUGUCAAGUUUGUCAUAGGAGAUGCCAAGACCCUUUUGUCAAAUGACUAUAAAGAAGCAGAUUUUGUGCUUAUCGAUUGCAAAAUUGAUGGUUGUAAAGAAGUACUUAGAGCUGCACAAGAAUGCGAAAAGCAUGGAAGGGGGCUUAUAGUUGGGUACAACGCAUUUCAUAAAGGAUCCUGGCCUAGUGCGUUUAAGACUCAUUUUUUACCCAUUGGAGAAGGACUGAUGGUCACCAGAAUAGGCAGCAAAGUCAGUGAGGAGGGUGGGCAUAGAAAAAGAAGUAAAUGGGUUACUAGAGUUGAUAGGUGUACUGGGGAGGAGCAUGUUUACAGAGUGACUUCUCCGCUAGAAGAAAUUGAAGCCUGGUCGUAGAUUCUUUUCUUUUUAACUUUCUAGCGAUCUCUUUAUCAAGCUGUAAAUAGCAAACGAGAAGCAGCGCCCAUCUGGAGUUAGUUUUUGUACUGCAAGUCGACUUGCUAAUUUUUAAGCCGAGAGGAAUUCAUAGACGACUACAUACCCAAAAAUAAAUAAAAAAGUUCAGUUGAAUCGCUUGGAUUCAAAUCCAAUAGAUUGAUUCCGCCCAAAAGUGUCGAUAUAUGGGCUCUUCUUUUGAGACUAAUAAAGAGCUCAGAUUCACAUUA